AUGGCAUGCAAUGCCACUGUUUAUCAACUUUUUGCUGUCGCUUUUUCCAUCAUUUCUCGUUUGAAAGAAUGUUCAAGGGAGGAAAAGAGCGGAAAAGGGUGUACCUUACAUAAACACAACAUGAGUUUACUUUUGUCGUUUGGAUUGAAAUUGCCAGGAAAGACUUAUAGUCAUCGACUUCAACCUUAG